CUCACCUGGUCUUCUUACGGCCACACACAGACUCGUGCCACCAUGAACCCCCUGGUGGCCGCCUGCCUGCUCGCCGGAGCAGCCGCAUUUCCGCAGCAGCGAACGUCCGACCGCGAUGCGGAAAUUCUGCGACAGAGCUUCGAGAUGGGCGACGGCGGCAGGUUCAGGUACGACUUCGAAACGAGCAACGGCAUCGUCGUCGAGGCGGCCGGUGAGAACCGUCAGAUCGGCGACGCCGAAGGCAUGGUGAUGCGCGGCUCGUACUCGUACACGUCGCCCGAGGGUGUCGACGUGACCAUCGAGUGGUUGGCGGACGAGACGGGCUUCCACGCCGUCGGCGACCAGGUGCCCGAGAUGCCGGAGUACGUGAAACAGCUGCUGAAGACGCUGCCGAACGGGACGCCGGUCACCAGCCAGGUCAUCCCUACCGACAGCAACCUCGGCCUUGUUGAUCCCGCAGGCCCCAUCGCGGAAGUCGGGCCAGGGACAGCCGACAUCUCAACAGGCAUCUCAGCCGAGCCGUUCGUCGCCAACAUUCCGGCUGGAGAUGCCGUUCAAGUUAUAAAGCCUGUCCUCCAGGUCAUCGAGGUUGAAGAUAGUCCUGUUGAAGCCUCCUUCGAUGGUCCCCGAUCUCAGCUUCCUGUCCAGGACUCCAUCGAUUCAUCUUUCACUUCAGGACCUAUCGAUGUUUCGAUAUCUCACUCUGCAGAAGACAGCUUCACGCUAGUUACAGUCCAGGAGAGUUCCUUCGAAGGCCCCAUCGAUGCGGGCUUCGCACCAGCUCUUCUUGAUGAUGUUCCCGCCUCGGAUCCGAUCGAUGACAUCCUCACAUCCGUCACAGUCGAUGAUAGUUCUCUCGGAAACCUAAAUGGUGAGCCCAUUGCACCAGAGCCCCUUGGCGAUAUCCCCGCCUCGGAUCCUAUUGACAACAUUUUCACACCUGUCGCCAUUGACAGCCCUGUUCAAGACUCCAUCAGCCAACCACUAACGUCAGUCAACCUCGAAGACGAAUCACCUGCAAACUUCAUCGAAGAUGUCCGUGAAGAACAACCAUUCGCAUCCGGCCUUGCUGCAGAUGCUGCUCCCGCUGAGCCGAUCAUCGAAACUCCCAACGCGGUCUCCGUCGCGCAAGUGUCCCUCCAAACUUCUUCGCAGUCUGAUACUGCGCAAUCUCAAGCUGGGGCAUUCAUCCCAGAUGACAUCGUGGAGCUCACUAAUUCUGACGACGGACCCAUCAGUGGUCAGAUCGUCAUAUCGUCGGUCUCGGCGGCGGCAGACAGCGCCCCAGCGCGAGCCCCUGUCAGCACCCUCGUCAGCACCCCUGUUAGCACCCCGGUCAGCACCCCCGUCAGCGUCCCCGUCCGCACUCCGAGCCGCAACCCGGACGGUAACCCCGAGUCCAUCCAGGACGCCAUCGCGUCUGCUCUUCGAGAGGACGCCGGCCCCGCCGGUGCCGGCGCCCCUUCGCCCGGAGACAUCGCCAAGAAGGAGGUGCCCUCGAGUGAGUUCAUUGUACUCGGAGCCUGAGGCGGGUGGUCAAUACGGGGUCGACGCCAGAAGGGAUUCCAGUCCAACCCUUCGGCGCGCUCAUGGACCGGUGUCAAACGCUGCCAUAUCACCGCCAAUCAAGUGUUGGUGUUGUUCUACCGACUGUGAUGUCUUUUGUGGAGUGUGUGCCAUUGAUGUUUGGUGUGACAUGUGGACCUGUAUGUCAUCGAAACUGAUUAACAUCAAUAAAUUAUUUAUAUCGCAUAGAAA